UAGUUUAAAGAUGAACAAAAAUCUUAUUUUGAUUCUUCUGAUACCUUUGCUAGUUGUUGCUGAAGAAUACGAAGCAGUCACAGUUGGAAUGAACGCUUUAUAUGCCAAGAAAGUAUUAGAACAGAUUGUUAUUGACACUCCUAUGGAUAUCAAUAUUGAUGAGGCAAAGCAUGGGAAAUUAUCGAUGAGCUCUGUAAGCUUAACAAUAGAUCCUCCACGUCCUGAGGAUGUAGAGAUUGAUUUUGAUGAGAAGAAUAACUCAAUUACUAUUGAGAUGAAAAACCAGCAAUUUCACUUCGACACUUUAGUCACAAUUCAAAAGGCUUCAUUUAAAAUUAAUGGAAGCGCUAAAACUGUUGGAAACAUUGAUAGCCUUAAAAUAUCUUUUGGCUUGACCACUCGAGAAGGUGAAUACACUAAUGUUCCCGUUAUCGACGUUAAAGAUAUAGAAGUCAAACUUAACGAGAAAGGUUGGACAAUUGGUCUCUCAACUAAAUGGCUUGAUUUUAUGGUGAAACCUGUCAAGGGAUUAAUUAAAGAAUUAGCUAUAGAAUUCGUAUCUCAAAUUAUUGAAGAGAAGACAGAAGAGAUCAUAGUUGGUCAAAUACAUGAAGAAUUAACAAGAGUCAGUGGAAGAUUCAUGAUUGAUGAUGGUGUAUUAGUUGAUAUGGAUGUUCUUGAUGAGAUUCAAAUUAAGGAUGGCUUCCUUACUCUUCCUUACUACGCUACUUACUACCUUCCUGAAGGAUCAGACACUACCGACCAUGAGGCAGAAGAGGGUGAAUCAGAUUGCGAGCAUGAGCAGGAUUCUGAGACUAAACUUGAAAAGAAGUAUAAAAAUAAUUAUAAGAAGACAAAAGAAUGGUUACAUACAGUUGAUUGCAUAGAACUUAAUCAAUCUGUUAAGUUCUGCUUUGGCUUCGCCGAUUUUGAGGAACAAAUUGAAAAUGUUGAUGAAUAUUUCACAAAGGUCGAAAAGUAUUUCUUGCCUACUCUCAAUUCAAUUUACAACGGUGAUGCUAUUAUUUUAGAAGGUGAAGAGUAAAAGGAAUUCAUUGACUGUCCUAAUGGCAAUAUAGAAUCCUUCCUCUAUCCAGAGAUUAUACUUGCAUUAAGUAUAUAUCGGAGGAAGGAAGCCAAGAAUAAAUUGCUAUUAAUCCAAGAAUUUCCUAGAAUAAUGGGCUGUCAAAGGGGUUUAGCUGUCCAUUUUUUCAGAAUUUGUUUAAAUGUGUUGUUCACCUAAUUUCUG